AUGAAGCGCUUCAGUUCAUCUAAAAUAUUAUCUUUUCUGACGACAGGUAAGGUGCCAGUAGAGCUGGAAUAGCUCAGCGCUAGGGGGAAUAAAUUAAUUAAUUCAGCUGUGAGGGUGACGUGUCAGACCUUAGCGGCACUAUUUGAUAUGUUACAUAGAUAGACUAUUAAAAAAUAUGUGAAGAGUACUGUACAGAAAAUGUGCUUAUGGUUAUAUUCAGUGCAUGCUUCUUUUGCUCUUUCCUUAUUCAGUGCAUGAAGUAUAACAAAUAUUUUCCAUUGUGACUGUUUGAGGGCAAUAUUUACUUAUUGGCAUCAUAAUUUGAUGAAUUGUUGAUAAAGUAAAAAGUUAAUGCUUUUUAUUUGACUUAGUCCAGUUGCUUGUGGGUGGCAUUUUUCAGCUACACCCUGUAAUUUACAGUAGGCCUAUGUGGGAAGUCCCAGUUCUCUUUGCAUGGGUUGGAUUAGUUUUGUGGACAUUAGGCUAGUGUACUUUUUGUGAAAAUGGUUUGAGUGUAGACUACCACGCCAUAAUCUACCCUAAAGUAUAACUCUGUGUGUUACUGUUUUCAGACAGAAAUCCCCAUCCUGAGAACAUCCACAUCUCCUCUCUACCCCCCAGUAUUCCUACAGACCAGGAGCCAACACAUGGAGAAGGUAAGGGAGCCAUAUAAAUAGAAUUAGAACAGUAUACAGUAUAAAGUGUAUUCUAUGGUAGGAGCAGCAGAGAAGUCCGCUUCAUUUCUGUUACAUUGACUUGUUGUCAAUGGCAGUCCAAAAGAAGUCCGGUUGCACAGAAGUUGGUUUGCCAUGACACACACAUCACACAUGUUACAGAAAAUAAACUGUUUGGUUGCUUACAGUCCAGUUUUUGAGAUGUAUAUCUCACAGCAAGCAAAGUUUUGAGUUGUGUCCUUUGGACUGCCACAGAAACAGCCAGUCAAAGUUGAGUGGUGUUAUAUAGUGUUAUAAAAGUACUUUCUUGCUGCUGGCUCAAAUAACUUUCAGAUUGGCUUGUCAACAUUGUACUGUGUUUGUUCUUGUAAUCAAAUCUAUAUGACUGGAUUAUAUUUAUUGCAAUCAGCAUGCUUGGAUUUCAGCCACUGAGUUCAUACUUGCCGGCUCAGCUAUACUGCAGGAAGGAACCAAAUUUAAGACUUCCUUGAUGACAUUACUGCGCUGCAAAAGUUGUAAAGUUGUAAGUUGUAAAAUUAAAUUGUGCACGUUCUGUGACCUGAUGUAAUAGCCUGAACUGGUUUGACUUUGAGUUGUUCAGCUAUUUUAAUGAGUGUAUCUCACUGUGCCUCCUAUUUCAGAAGACAUGGCACAGGGGAAAGCAGUUGAGACCACACAAACACAGCGAGGAGCCCCUUCGGUCUUCCCAGAGGGCCAGAAUGGGGGAACUGAUGUAUCUAGUACCAAUUUUGACCAUAAGGUCCCCAUUCCAGAUGAUAACAGUCAGGUAUGAGGGAGAAAGGGCUCAGACUGUCUUAGAAUCCCAAUUGUACUAUGAUUUGCUGGUCUCUUCACAGUGAAUAGACUUGGCUUACUUGACUUGACUUUGAUGUAUUACCUUUAGCUCCUAGUGGAGCACAGGGCCUCAAAAGUGCAUCAGAAUAUAUACUUUACAUUUUGAAAAUGUUGUGUUUGAGCAAUAAAUGUUUAAACCCCUAUUCCUCCCUCCUGGUUUAGAUGUGGUUCAGUUUCCGUAAGCUAUGGGCCUUCACAGGACCAGGGUUCCUGAUGAGCAUCGCCUACCUAGACCCAGGAAAUAUAGAGUCAGACCUGCAGUCAGGUGCUAAAGCAGGGUUCAAGGUACAUGAAGGUUCAACGUUCUAUUCAAACCCAAAAGGCCAGUUUCCUGGAGCAGAUUAAGCAUAUUCCUGGACUACAUUAGUCACAUUUAUUUUAUAAAGCCUUUUUACAUCAGCAGUUGUCACAACGUGCCUAUACAGAUACCCAGCCUAAAACACCAAAGAGCAAGCAAUGCAGAUGUAGAUGCAAAGUGGCUAGGAAAAACUCACAAGAAAGGCAGGAACUUAGGAAGAAACCUAGAGGAACUAGGCUCCGAGAGGUGGUCAGUCCUCUUCAGAUUAUAAGAGUACAUAGCCAUUUAGGUCAGAUCAUUCUUCAAGAUGUUGAAACGUUCAUAGAUGACCAGCAGGGUCAAAUAAUAAUCACAGUGGUUAUAGAGGGGGCAACAGGUCAGCACCUCGAGAGGGAGGGAGAGGGAGGGAGAGGGGGGGGAGAGAGAGAGAGAGAGAUCUCCAAAGCCGCAGGUGAACGGGGGACAGCCAAGAGUCGUCAGGCCAGGUAGUCCUGAGGCAUGGUCUUAGGGAGCAUACCUAAGAUCACACAGGACACCAGAUAAGACAGGAAAAUUACACCAGAUAGGACAGACUGACCCUAGCCCUCAGGCACAUACAGUGAGGGAAAAAAGUAUUUGAUCCCCUGCUGAUUUUGUACGUUUGCCCACUGACAAAGAAAUGAUCAGUCUAUAAUUUUAAUGGUAGGUUUAUUUGAACAGUGAGAGAAAGAAUAACAACAAAAAAAUCCAGAAAAACGCAUGUCAAAAAUGUUAUAAAUUGAAUUGCAUUUUAAUGACAGAAAUAAGUAUUUGACCCCCUCUCAAUCAGAAAGAUUUCUGUCUCCCAGGUGUCUUUUAUACAGGUAACGAGCUGAGAUUAGGAGCACACUCUUAAAGGGAGUGCUCCUAAUGUUAGUUUGUUACCUGUAUAAAAGACACCUGUCCACAGAAGCAAUCAAUCAAUCAGAUUCUAAACUCUCCACCAUGGCCAAGACCAAAGAGCUCUCCAAGGAUGUCAGGGACAAGAUUGUAGACCUACACAAGGCUGGAAUGGGCUACAAGACCAUCGCCAAGCAGCUUGGUGAGAAGGUGACAACAGCUUGUGUGAUUAUUCGCAAAUGGAAGAAACACAAAAUAACUGUCAAUCUCCCUAGGACUGGGGCUCCAUGCAAGAUCUCACCUUGCGGAUUUGCAAUAAUCAUGAGAAUGGUGAGGAAUCAGCCCAGAACUACACGGGAGGAUCUUGUCAAUGAUCUCAAGGUAGCUGGGACCAUAGUCACCAAGAAAACAAUUGGUAACACACUACGCCGUGAAGGACUGAAAUCCUGCAGCGCCCGCAAGGUUCCCCUGCUCAAGAAAUCACAUAUACAGGCCCGUCUGAAGUUUGCCAACGAACAUCUGAAUGAUUCAGAGGAGAACUGGGUGAAAGUGUUGUGGUCAGAUGAGACCAAAAUCGAGCUCUUUGGCAUCAACUCAACUCGCCGUGUUUGGAGGAGGAGGAAUGCUGCCUAUGACCCCAAGAACACCAUCCCCACCGUCAAACAUGGAGGUGGAAACAUUAUGCUUUGGGGGUGUUUUUCUGCUAAGGGGACAGGACAACUUCACCGCAUCAAAGGGACGAUGGACGGGGCCAUGUACCAUCAAAUCUUGGGUGAGAACCUCCUUCCCUCAGCCAGGGCAUUGAAAAUGGGCCGUGGAUGGGCAUUCCAGCAUGACAAUGACCCAAAACACACAGCCAAGGCAACAAAGGAGUGGCUCAAGAAGAAGCACAUUAAGGUCCAGGAGUGGCCUAGCUAGUCUCCAGACCUUAAUCCCAUAGAAAAUCUGUGGAGGGAGCUGAAGGUUCGAGUUGCCAAACGUCAACCUUAAUGACUUGGAGAAGAUCUGCAAAGAGGAGUGGAACAAAAUCCCUCUUGAGAUGUUUGCAAACCUGGUGGCCAACUACAAGAAACGUCUGAACUCUGUGAUUGCCAACAAGGGUUUUGUCACCAAGUACUAAGUCAUGUUUUGCAGAGGGGUCAAAUACUUAUUUCCCUCAUUAAAAUGCAAAUGAAUUUAUAACAUUUUUGACAUGCGUUUUUAUGGAUUUUUUUGUUGUUAUUCUGUCUCUCACUGUUCAAAUCAACCUACCAUUAAAAUUAUAGACUGAUCAUUUCUUUGUCAGUGGGCAAACGUACAAAAUCAGCAGGGGAUCAAAUACUUUUUUCCCUCACUGUAGACUAUUGCAGCAUAGAUACUGGGGACUGAGACUGGGGGUUCGGGGGACACUGGCCCCGUCCAAAGUUAUCCCCAGACAGUGCCAACCAGGCAGGAUAUAUCCCCACCCACUUUGCCAAACCAAAGCCACCACACCACCAAAGGGAUAUCAACGGACAUCUAACUUACUACCCUGAGACAAGGCCGAGUAUAGCCCACGAAGAUCUCCCACACCUCACGAGCCCGAGGGGGUGCAAAACCGGACAGGAAAUCACGUCAGUGACUCAACCCACUCAAGUCGAGUAUAAUGAAAAAAAGCCUGGCAUGACGUGGUGCACCCUCCUAGGGACGGCAUGUGAGAGCCCAAGCAAGCCAGUAAUUCAGCCCCGUAAUAGGGUCAGAGGCAGACAAUCCUAGUGGAGAGAGGGGAGCCGGCCAGGCAGAGACAGCAAGGGUGAUUCGUCACUCCAGAUCAGCAGACCAUUUCAUAAAAAUUGAGCUCUAUAGGAGAAAGCCCUGCCUCCAGCUGUUUGCUUAGAAAUUCUAGGCACAGUAAGGAGGCCUGCGUCUUGACCAAAUGGGAGAGAUAAGGAGGAGCAAGUCCAUGUAAUGCUUUGAAGGUUAACAAUAAAACCUUGUAAUCAGCCCUAGCCUUAACAGGAAGCCAGUGAAUCUGAAGUGUAGAGAGGCUAGCACUGGAGUAAUAUGAUAAAAUGUUGGGGGGCUUCUAGUCAAGAUUCUGGCUGAUGUAUUUUGCACUAGCUGAAGUUUAUUUAGUGCCUUAUCCGGGUAGCCGUAGAGUAGAGCAUUGCAGUAGUCUAAUCUUGAAGUGAUAAAAGCAUGGAUUAGCUUUUCUGCAUCAUUUUUGGACAGAGGAGUAGACUUAAUCUGGGUCAGGGAAAUCGGCCUUUAAAUAACUAAUUCUGAAAAAUAUUGCGUUAUUAUUAGAAACGUUUAUGUGUGUAUCAUAGACGGAUGACACCUCUGUUCUCCUCCCAUCUAUCCAGCUGUUGUGGGUUCUUCUGGGAGCCACCAUCAUUGGUCUGCUGCUGCAGAGGCUGGCAGCCAGACUGGGUGUGGUCACUGGGAUGCACCUGGCAGAAGUCUGUAACCGCCAGUACCCUACCGUCAGUCUCCCUUUUUGUCGCUCACACUCUCUGAGAAACCUGACAAUAUAGAAUGAACUAAAUCAAAUUCUUCCACAGCCUUUAAUACAUUGACAGUUGCUCAUCAUCAAUUACUUUCUGUACUAGUCUACAACUGUUGCUUUGUAUUGGAAGUCAAAUGUUUCAGAAUGUUGUUCAAUUAAUGUAUUUGUUUUCUACCUAGGUGCCACGCAUUAUCCUGUGGUUGAUGGUGGAGCUGGCCAUCAUAGGUUCAGACAUGCAGGAGGUCAUAGGUUGUGCCAUUGCAUUCAACCUCCUCUCCUCUGGCAGGUAGACGACAGUACUGACUGACUAUAGGCUAUUACAGAGUAGGGAGUAUAGUUCUAUUGGUGCCCUAAAUUCUUUGUUACUUACUGUGUCUACAGGAUACCUUUGUGGGGGGGGGUUCUCAUCACCAUCAUCGACACAUUUGUGUUCCUCUUCCUGGACAAGUAUGGUCUGAGGAAACUUGAGGCCUUUUUUGGGGUCCUUAUUACAAUCAUGGCCAUCACCUUUGGAUAUGAGGUACACAAGGCUUGAAUGUGCUUUCUAUAAUUUUGUGGAGGAAUAGGGAUUGUGGAUGUACCCUGUACAUGUACCCUGCCUGCCUUGUAGCAGUGAUACUUGUACUCUCUGAGUGGAUUAGCGUUGUCUCUCCCAGUAUGUGAUGGUGUAAUGUAUAUGAAGGUUGUGGUUACCUCUGACCUCUUUUCCUCACAGUAUGUGACGGUGCGUCCGGACCAGGGGGAGCUGCUGAAGGGGAUGUUUAUGCCGUACUGUGAGGGCUGUGGUCCUGUGCAGCUGGAGCAGGCUGUGGGCAUCGUAGGGGCUGUCAUAAUGCCCCACAACAUCUACCUGCACUCUGCCCUCGUCAAGGUAGCCAUGGAAGACCACAGUGGCUGUAUUUUAUAAUCAUAUUCGAUAUUUCUCCACUUAAUCACUAUUACACCAUCACUAUUGUGUAGUAGUACAAUGUUUUAUACUGUAAUAAUGAUUUAGUGGAGAUAUUGGCAAUCAAGAAACUGUUAUAGUGUGUCCAUUGAUGACCAUAGAAUGUUAGUGAUUGUGGAAUUCCUUUCUGUCUAUAUUUGAUGCUGUUGGACAAUGCUUGACUAAGUCAAUUAUUGUAUGAAACUUUCUCAGUCUCGACAGAUUGAUCGUUCCAGUAAGAAGGAGCUCAAGGAGGCCAACAAAUACUUCUUCAUUGAGUCGACCAUCGCACUCUUCCUCUCUUUCCUCAUCAACGUAUUUGUGGUGGCUGUCUUCGCUGAGGCGGUCUAUGGACGCACAAACAUUGAAGUGGUGCGUAUGUACCUAGUCUGUAUGGAACUAAGGAACUACUCAGUUGAAUAAUCAUGGAUGAUGAGUUGCCUCUAAGCCACUAUGUUGUUUUUGUUCUUAACAACAUGUCUUAUUGCACUUCAUUCAGCAUGACAUCUGUAAUGCAACUGGCAUUCCUCAGCUAGACCUGUUCCCCUUGAACAAUGAGACACUGCAGGUGGACAUCUACAAAGGGGUAAGGCUGCACUUUCAUCCUCAGGCUGAAUGCCACCAUUUUGUUUUUCCCUGUUAUUCUAGCUUGGUCCCAGAUCUGUUGUGCUGGAUGACAGUAUUUGGCAAAACAAUGAUCAUAGGAAAUUAUACUGAACAAAAAUAUAAACCCAACAUGUAAAGUGUUGGUCCCAUGUUUUAUCAGCUGAAAUAAAAGAUCCCAGAAAUGUUUCAUAUGCACAAAAAGCUUAUUUCUCUCAAAUGUUGUGCAUUUGUUUACUGGUAGUGAGCAUUUCUCCUUUGCCAAGAUAAUCCAUCCACCUGACAGGUGUGGCAUAUCAAGAAACAGAUUAAACAGCAUUAUCAUUACUCAAUACAAUGCCACAGAUGUCUCAAGUUUUGAGGGAUUGUGCAAUUGGCAUGCUGACUGCAGGAAUGUCCAACAUUGUUUUAGAGAAUUUGGCAGUAUGUCCAACCGGUUUCACAACCGCAGACCACUUGUAACCACGCCAGCUCAGCACCUCCAUAUCCGGCUUCUUCACCUGCAAGAUUGUCUGAGGAGGGGGGGUGCUGCUGAAGAGUAGUUCUGUCUGUAAUAAAGCCCUUUUGUGGGGAAAAACUCAUUCUGAUUGGUUGGGCCUGGCUCCCCAGUGGGUGGACCUGGCUCUCAAGUGGGUGGGCCUAUGCCCUCCCAGGCCCACCCAUGGCUGCGCCCCUGCCCAGUCAUGUGAAAUCCAUAGAUUAGGGCCUAGUGAAUUUAUUUCAAUUGACUGAUUUCCUUAUAUGAACUGUAACUCAGUAAGAUAUUUGGAGUUGUUGUGUUUAUAUUUAUGUUCAGUAUACCUAGUCUUGCAUUACCAUACUCCCAGGUCUUGUUUAUCACUCUGCUGUUGGGCUAGGUGUUUUCCUGACACGACACCGAAUGUUACCCCUAUCAUUACAGGGAGUGGUUUUGGGCUGUUUCUUCGGCCCUGCAGCACUUUAUAUCUGGGCCGUGGGAAUCCUGGCAGCAGGUCAGAGUUCAACCAUGACCGGGACCUACUCAGGACAGUUUGUCAUGGAGGUUUGUGCAAUAACUCAUUAAUUCAAGGUCAAUUUAAUUAAGAGAUGAGAUCAAGUUUGAGUCUCUGCCCAAAUUACAAGUCAACUCCUGAAUCAAUUUGAUUUUUUGAUCUGCUAAUUGCUUUAGCUGUCUGUCUCUGACUGAAUGAUGUCAGUCAGAUAGGCUGUGGUGUGUUCGUGAUGGUAAGAAGUUAAAACAACAGUGGCUCAGCUCUACCAUCACAAACACACCACAGACAUCAUAUAAAACCCUACAUUAGCUCAAUGAAGUCACAGAUCUUGAACCCCGUCCCGUCCCUACAGGGCUUUUUGAACCUGCGCUGGUCCCGUUUCUCCCGGGUGUUGCUGACCCGCUCCAUCGCCAUCACGCCCACCCUGCUGGUGGCCAUCUUCCAGGACGUCACCCACCUGACAGGCAUGAACGACUUUCUGAACGUGCUGCAGAGCAUGCAGGUUAUUUAAUUGUUUCACCUUUAUUUAACCAGGUGAGUCAGGUCAGACGGCAGUGCAUGCAAAUCCCCUAACCUUAACCCUAGUUUCAUGUCCACAUCCCGGUUCAACCAUAACCCUAGCCUCAACCACAACACUAACCGUAGCCUUACGUCCACAUCCUAGUUCAACCCUAACCCUAUCCUCAACCACAACCCAAACCCCAACCCAAGCUUCAUGUCCACAUCCUGGUUUAACCAUAAACCUCAACCACAAUCCUAACCCUAACUCUAACCUAACUUCAUGUACACACCUCAGGUCAACCCUAACCCUAACCCCAGGCAAGCUGUUGCAUUUCAUCAGAGUAGUUGGUUGAUAGUUGAAGCAUCUAUAGGGGAUUGUCAAAUUUAAGUGGGACCCCUUCUCAUUGCUGCUUUCUUUCUCUCCCACUCACAGCUGCCAUUUGCGUUGAUUCCCAUCCUCACUUUCACCAGUUUAUCCUCCCUCAUGAGUGAAUUUGCCAAUGGAUUGUAAGUAUACCACGAUUAUGGUGAAAACUAUAACAUUUGAGCUAAAUUAAAUUUGACAGAACAUACGAUAAUAUGAUACGAUUUUUUUUCUUCAUGCGACUGACCUCUGUUACUAUCGCCAUUCUCCUUUCAGAUUUUGGAAGAUUGGGGGAGGAGUUGUGAUCUUGUUGGUGUGUUGUAUCAACAUGUACUUUGUUGUCAUCUAUGUGACCACUCUGAACAGUGUGUGGCUGUACGUGUUUGCUGCUUUUCUCUGCAUAGCAUAUUUGGGAUUUGUGGGUUACCUGGUAAGUAUUUUUUUUCAAUUAAUGCUGUUUUCUUUAUAUAGCUUUUUGUGUGGUCAUUUUAAAAUGAUUUUUACUCUUUGGUUUCCAUGUCUUUGCGAAGCAUACCAAACCAAAAUUGUUAUUUAGAGGACCACUUUAAUCUUCAACCACUGAGUCAGUUGUUAAAGGUCCAAUGCAGCUGUUUUUAUCUCAACAUCACAUUUCUGGGUGCCAAUUAAGUACCUUACCGUGAUUGUUUUCAAUGAAAAUGGUCAAAACAAAACAAAAAUAGCUUCUUAGCAGAGAGCAAUUUCUCAAGCAAGAAUUUUGCUAGGACUGUCUGGGAGUGGUCUGAGUGGGGAGGGGAAAACGGAAAACUAGCUGUUAUUGGCAGGUUUGGAUUUCUCUUUCUUAUUGGUCUAUUAACUAAUUUACCGCCUGGUGAUGUCACCAGGCAGGCCAAACUCCAUCCCACCAAAACAGGCUGAAAUUUCAGGCAGUCUUUUCAAACAGCUCUUACACUAAAAGGGAAGUAUCAUAAUUUUCACAGUAUUAUUCCAACCUCCUAGUGUGAAAAGAUGUAUAAAACACAGGCAAAUCACGUUUUUGAGUACACUGGGCCUUUUACCGUUUAACAAACUUUGAGUGAGGACAGUUGUAUGUGUAGGAAUGCAGUCCUGGCAGUAGAAUGAUUAUAUGUUGUACUGGCUCUCUCACACCACUCUCCCCAUCUCUCUCUCUCUCUCUCCCUCCCUCUCUCCCUCUAGGCGUGGGUAUGUCUGAUAGCGCUAGGGGUGUCCUGUCUGGAUGUCACCGGCAGGGUCAGGAACGACACCACAGUUCUGAUAGAGCAGCAGCCAGAGUUUGACUCCUGA